AUGCGCGACGCCUUCGUCAUCCUGGUAGAGAAUGCCUUCAGAGUGGCCACCAUCAACACCGUGGGGGACUUUGUCCUCUUCCUGGGAAAGAUGUGUGUGUUUGGAGCAUUGUUGUGAUCUCUCCCAUCAAUCCAUCUUAAUUUUACAGAGCAGUUUGUGUGUUUUCUCAGUCACCACCACAGAAAGCUUUUGAGGAAAUUGUUCUUUUGAACUUGAUUAUGCUCAUUUCGCAUGAUCUUAAGAUUAAAUGUAUCCAGAGCAAGUUACAUUUAGACAGAUAUAAAUUAAUAUUCAGAUUCUUACAAGUUCACUAGAUGGUACUAUUCUCUUCAUUUCACACCCACUCCCACUCCCUCUCUGUGUGUGUGUGUGUGUGUGUCUGUGUGUGUGUGUGUGUGUGUGUGUGUGUCCAGGUACUGAUCGUCUCGUGCACAACGUUUGGUGGUGUGCUGGAGGUCAACUACCAGCAGGACUACACCGUGUGGGUGCUGCCUCUGCUCAUCGUCAGCCUGUUCGCGUGGCUGGUGGCCCACUGCUUCUUGUCCAUCUUUGCGCUCAUGGUGGACGUGCUCUUCCUCUGCUUGACCGUGGACACCAAGCACUAUGACGGCAGCCCCGGCUGA